AUGAACAUCCGCCUUGCGAAGGUGCGUCCCGCCAUCCAUCCCUCGUUUGGCUUGGGCGCUUACGCCACCCCGCCGCCCUCUGUCACUCCGGCUGACCGCGUCCAGGCAGACGACCUGCUCGCGAUGCAGGCUGGCAACCUCGUGAACCUUCCAGAGAACUACACCCAGAAACUGUGGAUGUACCAUCUACUAAGCUGGCCGCAAAUCUCGUUUGUCGCUGAAGACGCCAAAGGCCGCAUCGUCGGCUAUGUUCUCGCAAAGAUCACCGAUCCAGACGACGAUGAGGAUGGCGCGGGCAAUCGUGACGGACCAGGCGCCACGCACGGGCACAUCAACUCGCUCUCAGUUUUCCGGACGUACCGCCGCCUCGGCCUCGCGAAGAAGCUCAUGCUGCAGUCCCGUGCGUCCUCUUGCUCGCCACACCGCCUCUGGCUGACAAAUGCGUCGCGAGAACACGCGAUGGCGACGGUGUACCGUGCGGAGUACGUCUCGCUACACGUGCGUAAGUCAAACGCCGCAGCGCUCGGGCUGUACCGCGAUGCGCUCGGCUUCGAUGUGGAGAAGGUAGUUGCGGGAUACUAUGCAGACAAAGAAGAUGCCUAUUCGAUGAAGCUGUCGCUCGCCCCGUAA